GCUCAGAUCAGAUCAAGCAGUUCGUACGCAGUAGAUUUCUUGGGUCUCCUCCCCAGGAAUAUUGAAGGACUAUUCCUAACAACAAAUCUGUGUCCGUGUGUGUGUGUUUGUGCAUGUGUGGACACAUCUAUUUCUGUGUCCAGUGAGCCACGGUCCAGAUUACCAAUGUGCAAACAAGCAGCACAAUGAGGUGUCACACCAGCAGCGGCAUCAAAAGUGCAAUGGAGUUGCCGGCGCCCAAACACGACAGCGAUGAAGACAGCGGAGGUUGCGCGCUAGGCAUCGAUGAGCGUACCGGUCGGCUCCACUGGUGCCCGGGGUAUAGGUUCGUGAAGAUCCUGUUCGUAAUACCAGCGGCGAUGCUUCCGAUCGGUUUGCUGUUUCUGCUGUUAUCUCGGUUUCAGGUGGUUGGAUCGGUUCGGCUAGGCGGUCAGCUGGCUGACCCAACGAGCGCUCUCGAUGGAUGCGGUGAGAUUGGAUACUUCACCGAGGAGCAACUGGCGGCCAACCACCUACCCGAGGAGAUCGACUGGGCGGAGCAGUCCGAUGAUGCGGAACGUCGCUGCCAACCGGUACCCGACAAAGUGCCGGGCGAAAGUGUCGACACGGAAGAUCGUGGACUGUUACGGGGGAUCGUACGAACUUCCUUCAUACCGUCCGAGAGGCGCAUCAUCCCGGCAGAUUGUUUGGGCGAGUCGGUUGCCAACCAGCAGCAACAUCGACCGCCACCGGUGGAGCAUGGUGCCGAGGAGCGACGACGCGUCCGUAAGUCACUCGCGUGGAUAAACGACGACAGGAGCAGCCCGGCAAGCGUACGGGCCGCACAGGUCCAGAUCAUGAAGCAGUACAUGGAUCCGCAGGCAGAUCCGUGCGAGGACUUCUACCAGUAUGCCUGCGGUAACUGGGAUCGGGUUAACCCGAUACCGAAAGACAAGGCCGCACUAGACACGUUCGAGCUGUUGCGCGAGAGUCUCGAUAUGGUGCUGAAAAACCUGCUGCUCGAGGGUGAACCGGUGGGUCUGCACGAUAUAGAAAACGCACUGUCGACCGUGCGCUCACCGCAGGGUGCGAAAAAGAUCACCACCACGACCACAGCAGCCACCGUGAUGGUGACGGCACCGACCGACGAUAUGCCGCAAGACACGAUCACAUCCGCAGAGCAGUUGCAUCGCGUACGGAAGCGGGGCCGUGCCGUGCAGGACCGUACGCGGCGUGCGGUGCAAAACAAGCUUAUCAUCCGCUCCGCACAAGUAAAGCGAGUCCGCAAGCGUGCACUACUUAUCAACGAUGAUGCCGAAAUGAAGGCGCGUCAUCUGUUCGUGUCCUGCAUGAACUACGAGCUGAUCAAGCAGCGCGGUUUGGAGCCGUUGCACGCGCUGCUGCACGGACUCGGCGGUUGGCCCGUGCUCGAACCGGACACCUGGGACGAGAACAACUUCGACUGGCUGAAUCUGACCGCGGCAUUGCGGCGCUACAACAACGAUGUCCUGAUCGUCGAAUGGGUCGGGCCCGAUAUUAAGAACUCGGACGAGAACAUAGUGCAGUUCGAUCAAACUUCGCUAGGGCUGCCGACGCGUGACUACUACCUACAGCCGGGCAAUCGCAAAUAUCUGGAAGCGUAUCGGCAGUUUAUGGUGGAGGUGAUUGGAUUGCUCGGUGUGCCGGCAGAAAGGGCACGACAGGCAACGGAAGAAAUGAUCGAGUUUGAGACACAGCUGGCAAACAUCACCAGCACGCCGGAGGAGCGUAACAACGUGUCGACGCUGUACCGUAAGCUGAUCCUGGAGCAACUGCACGAAGAGGUGCCCGAAAUCGAUUGGACACGCUACCUUACGAUUGUAACGGAGCGACCGGUCAAUGGGUCUGACUUUGUCGUCAUGUUUGCGAUGGGUUAUAUGCGCGAACUGGUUGAGCUGAUCGGUCAGACCGAGCCGCGCAUCGUGGCCAACUAUCUGCUGUGGCGCUUCGUACGUCACCGCAUCAACAAUCUGGACGAUCGCUUUCUCGGUGCGAAGCAGCGCUUCUCCAACGCACUGUUUGGACGCGAGCGGAAUCCUCCGCGCUGGAAGAACUGUGUGACGCAGGUGAACGCCAACAUGGGCAUGGCGGUGGGCGCAAUGUUUGUACGGCGCUACUUCGACGAAAACAGCAAGCGCGACACGCUCAAGAUGACGCACGAGCUGCAGGAAUCGUUCCGCGAAAUUCUCGAACAAACGAGCUGGAUCGAUGCGGCAACGAGGCGGCUGGCGGAGCAGAAGGUUAACGCCAUGUCCCUGCGGAUCGGCUAUCCGGAUUUUAUUCUCGAUCCGGACCAGCUGAACGCACGCUACGACACGCUGGAGAUCCAUCCGGAUCGCUACUUCGAGAACACGCUGAACGUGCUCAGCCACAUACGGCGCACCGAUCAGGAGAAGCUCGGCCAGCCGGUGAACAAAACCGCGUGGCACACGGCACCGGCCGUGGUCAAUGCGUACUACAGCCGCAACAAGAACCAGAUCAUGUUCCCGGCCGGAAUAUUGCAGCCACCGUUCUACCACCGCCAUCUGCCGAAGGCGAUCAACUACGGUGGCAUUGGGGUUGUGAUUGGGCACGAGCUGACGCACGGGUUCGACGACAAGGGCCGGUUGUUCGAUCGGGACGGUAACUUGUACCGGUGGUGGAGCGAUCAGGCGAUCGAAGCGUUCCACGAGCGGGCGGCCUGCCUGGUGCAGCAGUACAGCCGGUACACGAUCGACGAGGUCGGCGUGCAGCUGGACGGAGAAAACACCCAGGGCGAAAACAUUGCCGACAACGGUGGCAUCAAGCAGGCGUUCCUCGCGUACAACAAAUGGCUCGAGGGGCAAACGGACCGGCUGGUGCUGGAGGCGGAAACACUGCCCGGGCUGAAUGUCACCCGCACGCAGCUGUUCUUCCUGAACUUCGCCCAGAUAUGGUGCGGUGCGAUGCGUCCGGAAGCGACCCGCAACAAGCUCAAAACAGCAGUCCACAGUCCCGGGCGGUUCCGGGUCAUCGGCACACUGUCCAACUCGGAGGACUUUGCGCGCGAAUAUCACUGCCCGGUGGGAAGCUUCAUGAAUCCGGCUGACAAGUGUAGCGUGUGGUAGGGUUUGUGGAAUAGGUCACGGAUGUGGUGAAUGUGCGCUGUAAAUAAGCCCUUUAUGCUUGGUAGUCAAUCGAGAAGCACAACCGGUUGUGUGGUACUGGAAGGCAUCUAAGAUAGCACACGAGUGAGAUCCGCUUACAAAAUUUGCGUGUAGCGUUUCGAUCAAUUGGUUCGAUCGCUGUUGCACAUGACGCACUGUACACGGUCCCGCCGUGAGGGAUUGCACGUGGUGUGCUGUUUGAGUAAUGACUCCCGGCUGCCUGACACACCGCUUGCAUAUCUUACAGAUAUAAGUCACUAUUUAAUUGAAAUCAAUUCCAAACACCCGUCGGAGGAUCCACUCGAACGAUUUCCCGGGGGUGACAUCUGGUUCUCCACGCUCAACUUCACACAUGCACACAACCCAGGCACAAAUAACGACUGUUAUCCAAUUUAUCUGCCGUAGAUCAAUUUCACCGAGGUCGAAUCGUUUCCCGGGGUGGUGGUACGGCGACUCGCUAUCAUCAGCACCGUGCUCCGAGCAUGGUUCGGCGGGAUCAGCAAUGGUUAAACGAUUAGAUUAAGCACACCUUGCGACAAACGUGUAGACACCGUGCGUGAAGGGAUUUUUUAGUGUUAGUGUCAGUUAGAGUUCCAAAUUGUCCCCAGUGUAUGGGGAUGGUAGGGCCAUCAGCAACGUUCCAGCAAUUCCACUCCCCUUCAAACUGUGGCCUUCUAAUGUUAGCCCGUUCGUCUUAAGUACCUGAACUACAACACCGCAUGUAGGAGUGCUUUUCACAUCUCAAAAUUAUGAAAUAGACGAAAAGUUCAACUCGCCAAAACUUUUUGUGUUCCGAUUGAAGUUGCAUGAAGCAUGAAUGCGUGACGCUCCGAAGCACGGACGUCGCACCCAAUUCAUGAAGAUAUCACCCGCACGAUGCGGUUGCACCCGUGUUGAGACAAGUAGCAGGAAGAGGGUUCCUUCUCCUUGCUCGAUCGUGCGAUCAUGCCAAACAAGACGCGUCGUCCACGGCCCAGCGCACUCCAUUGCAACUUGUUUCACGCGCUUGGAAUCUUGCUUACCCAAUGUCCAGAAAUAACCUCCAAAAACCAGUGCGUACGCGUGAGCUAGCUAGUUGUCAACCUAUAGGGCCGGUGUGUGCCACGGCACUUGGACCGGAUGCACACGACGGAAUUAACAUCCAAGCAGAAAUUGUUACCUCGCUACCCAAGACCGGGGGUGGUG